UCCUCAUAGCGCUGCUUCAUUGAAAUCAAUCUUGUUCUUAUCAAGGACAUAAUCAUCUGCGAGGAUGCCCGGAGCACUUUUCUCAGCAGAGUCGCUCUACAUAGGGAUGGAGGUGGUGAUUGCACUCGCGUCUGUGAUCGGGAAUGUGAUGGUGGUUUGGGCGGUGAAAAUUAAUAAAUCGUUGCGAGACACCACGUUUUGUUUCAUCGUCUCCCUGGCUCUGGCGGAUAUUGCUGUAGGAGCCCUCGUCAUCCCUUUGGCCAUUACUAUCAGCAUCGGACUUCAAACUCACUUUUACAGCUGCCUGCUCGUGGCGUGCACGGUGCUGGUGCUGACUCAAAGUUCAAUCCUGGCCCUCCUGGCUAUUGCAAUUGACCGCUAUCUCAGGGUCAAGAUCCCGACCAGGUACAAGCGGGUGGUGACCCCUCGGCGAGCGGCGCUGGCAGUGGUGAUAUGCUGGACGGUGGCUUUCAUCGUGGGACUCACGCCCAUGUUAGGCUGGAACAACCUGGGGCGCCUCCAGCAGAACGGCUCCAUCAGCUCUGACCUCAUCAUCACCUGCCAGUUCGAAAACGUCAUCAGCAUGGACUACAUGGUGUAUUUCAACUUUUUCGGCUGGGUGCUGCCGCCCCUGCUUCUCAUGCUGGUUAUCUAUGCAGAGAUCUUCUACAUGAUUCACAAGCAACUUAACAAUAAGAAGAUCACCACCAGUCACACGGACCCCAACAAGUACUAUGACAAGGAGCUGAAUCUUGCUAAAUCUCUGGCUCUGGUCCUUUUUCUCUUUGCUAGCAGCUGGCUCCCCCUUCACAUCAUCAACUGCAUCACACUCUUCUGCCCUGAGUGCAAGACGCCCAUAGUCCUCCUCUAUAUCGCCAUCCUGCUCACCCACGGCAACUCCGCUGUCAACCCAAUUGUCUACGCUUUCCGCAUUAAGAAGUUCCGCACAGCCUUCCGGAAAAUCUGGCAGCAGUACUUCUGCUGCAAGGACACACCAGCUCUGGAGAUUCAGCCCAGCGACAGGAAAGAGAUGCCCAAUCCAGAGCCACAGCAGGCGCCACCGCCGCAGCUCACUCAGACGGAAAUCCUGAAAUCUGAUCCACCACAACAGCAGCCACCUCCACCUGAGCAGCAGCAGGACCAGAGGUCCGAACCGCUGCAGCAACCUAAAGAGCAUCCGCCCUUACUGGAGCAGAACGCAGUCUGAGCCAAGGGAUGGAGCUGUUUGCUGGCUGGGAAAGUAACGAUCAGUGCACAAGCAUUGGCCCUCUCCUCAUUUGAAUGUAGUCUAAUGAGGAGUAUGAAGUGCUAUGAUGCUGUAGUGACUGAAGCAGGUUGGAUAGUAAAUACUGGAAGCUCAUUUAACUUAACUCAGGAGGAGUGGAUUUACUAGUGGUUUGGUCAGAGAAUAAAAAAAGGAAAGAUGGGUAUCUGUAAACUUGCAAUAAUGGAAGUCGUUUUGACGGAGACUGUGUCUAUCUUAGUAACGGACCGAAGACUUUAAGCUUUAACAGUUUUGUUCAUUAUGGUGAAACAGUUGGUGUGAACAUUACAAAAUGUGCAAUAUAAGUUAUUGUGAUUGGUCAGUAUCAGAUUAUCAAAUGUUAAAACUUGCUAUGAACAUUUAUACGUUAAAUACAGCAGGUUCAUCUUACUACUGUAAUACUGUGUGUACGUUUAAACUGACAGUGGCUGAAGAACAUGAAUGUAAUAAUAGUGUAAAUAAGAGACUAUAGCAGCACAGCUGUGAACGCUCAUCUCUUCUUCAGGGUCUUAAUCGCACAACGGUUGAAGAGCAAGCAGCACUACGGGAGAGAUUUUUGCAGCAAGGAAGUGUGUAUGUGCUGAUAGAAGGGUUUUGUAAUCCUUUAACUCUUCCCUGCUGGAGCUGAGUCCCUCUGUGAUCCAACAGCACUGCUCCAUUGCAGAGGAGACGGACAGGGAUAAGGAACAAGCAGCUGGAGGAAAUGGGAGGUUUUAACCUUUUAGAAGCUGCGUGCAGGAGACUCGUGUCUGCAGGACGAAAGCAACUCAUGGGGGAGAAAGACAAGAUGCACUUAAAGCUCAUGUUUAUCCAGCCUCCAUACCAGCUGGUGGCAAGAGUGGGUUUUGCUUUUUUUUUUCCCCUACAUGGACUGCUAAUAAUUUCAUCACGACUUACCACUAGAGUCAGUGGCUUCCAUGGCCUUAUUCAGUAUUUUAAUCGGUACGGACUUGACUAGAAUAGACAACCUGAGGAUUGUGAGUAUCUUUAUUACACUGUAAGCUCAACAUUUUGCAUACUGCCAAACUUGGGCAUCUAUAGAUUAGUAAUUCAAUUCUGUUCAGUGCCACUGUCAUAAAAACACUGUAAGAGAAUGUAAAGUCAUUUUGUUCUGUCUCUUGUGAAGACUCAGAGCUCUGGCCAGUUCACUGAUGUUCUCCUAACUGGGUGACAAUCUUAUGUAAGGUUUCGACAUUUUCUCUUUCUGUCUUGACAAACAUGUUUCUGACGGGGACAAGGAGGGAACCUUUUGAUGCUCGGAUGGCUGAAGUGACAGUGUCAAUUGAAACCUUAAUGCAAUCCACGCCACCUGUAUCUUGCUUUGUGUAUAGGCCAGGUGGAAUGUACAUAACACACUU